AUGAGUUCGUGGCAAGCAAACAUUGAAGUUAAGAAAGCAGCCAAGGAUUUCGUGGCUUUUCUUAACAAAGCUGUCACACCGUUUCACGCUGUCGAGGAAAGUGCGAAUCGAUUAAGGAAUGCUGGAUUUCAAGAACUAAAUGAAUCCGAGCACUGGACUAUUGAACCAUCAAAAAAAUAUUUCGUCACAAAAAACAAAUCGACAAUUUUAGCUUUUGCUGUCGGUGGGAAAUACCGACCCGGUAAUGGAUAUUCUAUGGUUGUGGCACACACCGAUAGUCCAUCACUGAGAGUAAAACCAAUUUCAAAAUUAUGCAGUGAUAAAUACCUACAGGUUGGUGUAUCAACGUAUGGUGGAGGAAUGUGGCGAACUUGGUUCGAUCGCGAUCUCAGCAUUGCAGGACAAGUAGAUAGUGCUAUUGUGCAGAAAUUGGUAAAUAUUGAUGCUCCCAUACUUUUCAUACCAAAUUUAGCAAUUCAUUUCACUUCUGACUCAGAGCGCAACAAAUUUGAGUUCAAUAAGGAGACCAAUUUGCGACCUAUAAUCGCCACUAUCACAACCGAGAACUUGAAUAAAAAUGCGAAGGAAUGUUCGACAGAUGAUGUUGGCAUUAAUGCUAGCACUGUGAUAAACGAUCAUCAUAUGGUAUUUCUGGACACAAUAGCUAAUGCCGUUGGCUGUGAUCCCAGUAACAUAUUGGACCUUGACUUAUAUCUUUACGACCAUCAGAAGGCGACCGUUGGAGGAGUUCAUGGAGAAUUUAUCAGUGGUCAAAGAUUAGACAAUUUGGUUGGUGUAUACACAUCUAUUUCUGGGCUUAUGAAGAGUGUUGUAAUGGAGGAUUCGCUUGCUAAUGAAGAAAAUAUUAGAUUGGCUGUCUGUUAUGAUAACGAAGAAUGUGGAAGCGAGUCGGCACAAGGGGCUGCAAGUAGCUUUACCGAAUGGGUUUUGAGACGUUUAGCAGCAAAUGAUUCACAAACGGCAUUUGAAGAAUCUAUGGGAAAAUCAUUUGUAAUCAGUGCGGAUCAAGCACAUGCAGUGCAUCCCAACUAUAGAGAAAAGCAUGAGGAAUGCCACAGACCAAAUCUCCAUGGAGGUGUCGUGGUCAAGAUAAAUGUUAAUCAACGUUACGCUACAACGGCUGUUACACAUAGUGUUUUGAAACAAAUUGCAUAUCUAGCGGGUGUACCACUGCAGAAAAUAGUGACUAGAAACGACAUGCCAUGUGGUUCAACGAUCGGACCCAUUCUUUCUACUCAUCUUGGCAUCCAAACAGUAGAUGUUGGCUGUCCACAGCUGGCAAUGCAUUCCAUACGCGAAUUGACGAGUGCUUCGAGUAUCUAUCAAGCUACUACACUGUACUCGGUAAGUCCUUAA